GAAGUCGUAAAUCCGCCAUGUUUUUCCAUCGGUAGCGUUGCGACAGAGACGGAGAAACCAAACGACAUGAAUGUAGAAAGUAAUCAUACGGCAGAGAGAGAGAGCGAGCAAACGGAUCACGGCAACGCCGUUGCUGUCCAAACUACUCUCGGAGACGAAGAUGAGGAUGUGCACAAAUGCGGUCGGUGUCAGGCGGAGUAUUCUACCCUUGAUGCUUUCAUUCAACACAAGCUGCUACAGAACUGCAAACGGCCGCUUGACUUACAGGAGCAGGUCGUGGUAUCCAGAGAUGCUACCCAAGAGGUUUCGGCACCCUCUGAAACCCACACCGAAGUUACGAAAUUGGUUGAGGAGGCAUCUUCAGAUGAACCCGAGAAAACCGAAACCACCGGUGAGCCAGACGUGCUGCUGGGCCGAGGACAGCGGCGGCGGACUGCUUCAGCGAAGGCCUGUGAAAGGGUCGUCCACAGCAGUAAGCCACAGCUCUCCGACACCUCGGACAACUCCAAGCAAGCAUAUGAAGUGAAUGAGGCGGGACGCUACGUCUGUUACAUGUGUGACAAAACAUUUAAGACAACCAACAUCCUAAGGACCCAUUUGAACACCCACAGUGAGCAGAAGAACUUCGCCUGUGAGCUAUGUGGAUCUGCAUUCCGCACCAAAGGCUCUCUGAUUCGCCACUAUCGCCGCCAUACAGACGAGCGUCCAUACCGGUGUGUUCUCUGCGGCUUGUCCUUCCGAGAGUCUGGGGCCCUCACCAGGCAUCUGAAGUCCAUCACACCCUGCACGGAGAAGAUCCGCUUCCACCAGUUCAGUGAGAUCUUGGUCGGAAAGGACGGUAUUCAGAAAGAAACGAUGGUGGUGCUGGAGCCCCGCCCCCCCCUGGAUGACUCAGAGGUCGUACAACAAGUGCACUUCACAGUGGAGGAACAACAGGUGGUAGUGGAGCAGGUACCUGCUGAGACGCUGGUAGCUACUGAGGCCGUGGGGGACAGCCUCAUCUGCCAGGCCAUCAUCAACUCUGGCAUCGGCCUCGAGACGGAGACCACCAUGCCAGCAGAAACGACAACAACGAUGGCGGUGGCGGCGGUGGUGGAGGAGGUGGGGCAGGAGGAGGUAGAAGAGGAGGAGGUAGAAGAGGAGGAGGUAGAAGAGGAGGAGGUAGAGGAGGAGGGGGAACACCAACAGUCACCCGAGACAAUCGAAAAAGUGCUCUUUCAAGACCCAGAUUCGGAGCAGAUCCAUGUUACUGAGGAGUGUGUAGAGAUGGAGUUGGAGAUGGAGGAGGUGGAAGAUAUGUCGGAAGGAGAAGAGUUUCAAAAAUUGGCGAAAUUGCACAAAUGUCCACACUGCAACCGUUCCUUCAAGGGCCUCAACUACCUGCGCUUUCACAUCAAGGGCCACUCUGGCUACAAGCCCUUCAGGUGCACGCUGUGCCAGAAGGAGUUCCUGACGGGUUACCUUCUGAAGAAGCACAUGGACGUGCACGUGAGCGAGAGGCGGUACAAGUGCGGCGAGUGUGGCAAGCUCUACAAGACCAUUGGGCACGUGCGCGAGCACAUGCGUGCCCACUCGGAUGAGCGGCCCUACCACUGCACCAAGUGCAACAAGGGGUACAAGACUAAGAACGCCGUGCAGGUCCACCUGCGCACCCAUGCGGAGGACAAGCCCUUCGUGUGCCAUUUUUGCCUGCGCGGCUUCCGGGAGAAGGGAUCCCUGGUGCGCCACAUCCGCCACCACACCGGGGAGAAGCCCUACAAGUGCACCAAGUGUGGGCGAGGCUUUGCCGAGCACGGCACCCUCAACCGCCACCUGCGCGCCAAAGGUGGGUGCCAGAAGGAGGACGAGUCUAAGGAGGCGCACGACGACAGCGGGGGCGGGGACGAGGGGGACGAGGAGCAGCAGGAGACUGCAGACAGCCUGGCCACGGCCGCCAUCAUCUCAGAGGACCCCCACACCGUGUUGGUGGAGUUCUCCUCCGUGGUGGCCGACACCCAGGAGUACAUCAUAGGGACUCCAGCAGGAGAGGCGGUGCAGGGAGAGGAGGUCACGCUUAUCCAAGCCACUGAGAAUCAGAUGGGCAACCACAUCAUGCGGGUGGUGCAGGAGAUCGUCAACCAGUCGCGCGGCGCCGGGGGCGUGGGCGGCCGGCAAAUCAUUGUGCGCAACACUGAGCUCGACGAGGAGGGCGCGUCCAUCUCGGACUGCGGCGACACCAUCACCAUCGCCACGCCCGAGAGCCUGACCAAGCAGGUGGCCAUGACGCUGGCCAGCGCCAUCAGCGACGGCACACUGCUGGCCACGAGCGGCACCACGGUGGAGACGGUGGGCGGCACGGUCACAAUGGUGACCGCUGCCACGGACGACGAAGCCGUCGCCACCCAGGAGUGCAUGGAGGUGAUGGUGCAACAUCAGCACGGGGGGGACUUUGUCCUCUCGGCCACGGAGGAGGUGGAGAUACAGACGGUGGUGGUGUGAGACCAGAGACUACUGGGAAGAGAAUUAUGUAUGGUCGCUCACCUCAAGUGUUGAAGUCUGGAGAUGUAGGUGGCGGGGAUCCGUCUGUGGUCCUCCGAUGCUGUUAAAUGAGGCCAAAGUAUUUUUAAGCUUGAACUUUCAUGGCAAAGACUUGAUGUUUUAGUUUUGAGAUUGGAAAACGGGAGUUGUGUAUUUUAUUUAAUGAUGAUGCUGCAACGAAAGCUUGUGACACAUUACACAUGAAUUACAGACAUUUAGUUUAUUCCAAUCAACAGGAUUUUUGUGUGUGUGCUAGUGCUAAUGAGAUGUUGAUAUUAUGCAUACAUUAGAGUUGUAUUUCUGGGAGAAUGAGAGGAAAUAAGGCCUUGACGGAGUUGACAGUUUUUACUACACACAAUGGCUAGUUUGUGUUGUAGCCCAGUCUCAUGUCUUUAUAAGCAAAACACAUACACCACAUGUAUACGGUGCCUAAAUUGCGGUGCCAAUCUUAAGGAUAGGUCUGGGUUUUGUUUUUAAACCAUAAAGUAUUGAGAUUGUUGUGUUGCAAGAUUAGCACGCCACAGGAACGGCUAAUAUUACCUUUUUUUGUUUUUUGUUAACAGAUCGCUUAGCGAUUGACAUAAUUAGUUUUUCCUUCUUGGUGAGUUUCGAUGCAGUUUAAAUUAACUAGUGUAGACCUCAGAGAUUUAAUGUUUAAAAGUAGUUUUCACAUGCAUCAAUCCAAUUUCGGGGAUAUGUUUUUCAACAGAAAAUCUAAAUAGCAUAAUGGAGACCUACUGUUGGGUAGCUUGCCUAGUUUUCAGAAGAGUAUUAAUUGAGUUUGUAUCACCUGUUGCCCCUGGUCUAGUUAAAGCUUCUGAAAUGUCAUCACCUCACCAAGUAAGAUCUGCAUGACAAUGUGUACGUUUUAGUAGGGUCUUUGUACACACAAAAUGCUUCGCAAACUUGCUUCGAGGUAACUGAAAGGUCACGUGAUGAUUUGACCGGAUGUCCUUCUGAACUUCUCCACGUCAAAGAGAGUGGUAUCAAAGCUAAACAGUAUUUGUGGUGAGGCGAGAGAUUAGUAUGUGCGAUUUGUCUUGCAUAACAAGUGUACUGUAACAAACAAACCCAAACCUACUGGAUAUCAAAAUAAACUGCUUUUGAUAAGA